AUGAUAGUGAUCGAUCUUCUUGUGUCGAGUUUCCCGCGGUUUGGACCUCCCGUAACAACUCCGACACCGACGCCAACACCCACACCUGCUCCAAGAAGCGUGACGUAUGACGAAAGGAGUCAAGCGGUGACCGUUUGGGUGAAUAUGAAAGCUGUCCUGACAAGGAGAAUCGGCAGAGUUCAGUUAGACACUGAGAAGGUGAUCAGACUCGGUGGUCUGAUAGGCAGCAGGAAAUAUUUCAGAGGACGGCUGUUUUGUCUUCAGUUGUACAGUGUCGCGCUAUACAGGAAGCAAAUCGACGAGGCUAAGAAAAGAUGUUUCCUGAAAGGACCUCCCGUCACAACUCCGACACCGACGCCAACACCCACACCUGCUCCAAGAGUUUGUACAGCCCGUGUGGAUCUCGGUUUCCUCAUUGACGCCACAAGUUCUGGAAGGCGAUAUCUCCAACGAGUGAUUCAAUUCGUGCGAGAAACUGUUCGUAGAUUCACCAUCUCCAGUAGCGCCACACGCAUCGGAGUGGUGACGUAUGCGUCACGUGCCAGACGAAUCAUAGCACUGUCCGGAGCUUACUCUCGGGGACGCAUUUACAAUGCAGUCGGUCGAAUUCGAAUUCUUAGAGGCGGGAGACGACUAGGAAGGGCUUUGUCGUACGCCAGACUUUACCUGUUCAGAGGAAAACCUCAGUGUGGCAGACGAAGAGUUUUGAUUGUUCUAGCGGCUGGGCGGUCACUCGACAGAGUACGAAGACCGGCCAAUGCGUUGGAGGGAGUUGGUGUCGAAAUAUUUGCCAUUGGACUGGGCCGUGUCAGUAGGAGAAGUCUGCUGAAAGUUACAACUGACACGAAGCACGUGUUUGCUGUUGGGUUUACCCGGAUUUUGUCUAUCGUGCGAACGCUCAAAGAUAGAAUCUGUUACUCUCCCGUGAUUCGCCGAGGAUCGGUUGCAGUUUACCCGUUCACCAGCGCCUCCGAGAACCGCGACGUCAGUUCUUACGUGAACCCACCUGCAACAUUCGUUGGCGUGUACUACACGCGUGGACCUGACAACCAUCCUCGGGGAGCGCUUUCCUUCAGGGGAACAAGAACCAGCUACGUUUUAAUUCCCAACAAUGGCUGUCUUGACACGAGAUACUCGCUGACGAUCAUCAUGUGGGUGUUUCCCGAGAGCUCUGGACCAUUACUUCAUUUUAAUCCAAAAGGCUGGGGUCUUCAUCUUUGGAUGAUCAAUCGCUUUAGACUGUUCGCUCGAUUCGUACCACGCUCAGGAAAAUCUGUGAAAGCGCUCUACAAAAGAAUAAAGCCGCGGCGAUGGAACUACAUUGCUGCAACUUACGAUCGGCGAACAGGCCUGGCAAGUCUGUGGCUAGACAGUCUUCCCAUCAUGCAGCGCAGAGUGGGUCGCUUCCGGAGUGGUCUUGCUACGAACUACCCCAUUGUAAUAGGAAGCAAACCCGGAGAUCGACGCAAAUUCCGCGGAAAGAUCGCCUGUGUACAGAUGUAUAACUACGCCAUGAAUGGCCAGCAGAUUCGCAGUAAAAAGAAGAAGUGUUUCCGUGAAGUUGUUAUUCCUACGGCACCAACUAUUCCACCAACGAAGCCAACAAAACCACCAGUUUGUCGAUUGAGAGUUGACCUGGCAUUCCUCGUGGAUGGAUCCGGAAGCAUAGAGAAUCAAGGGAAAGGAAAUUUCAUGCGCGUUCUCGAUUUCGUCAAAACACUGAUCAGUUUCUUCCCGAUCUCUGCAAGGCAGACUCGUGUCGGCAUGGUAGUCUUCUCCAGCCGACCAUACCCGAUCUUCCGUUUUAAUCGAUAUUACUCAAAAACAAGUCUCAUCAAGGCGGUUGAUCGUGUGAGAUACCCGUAUGGAGGAACAAAGCUGGGACGAGCACUGAGAUAUGUUUCAAGGUACUUAUUUGGCCGAGGCAAGAGAAGAGGAAGAAAACCAGUUCUUGUUAUCAUAACGGACGGCAUUUCGCAAGACAAUGUCCUCGUCCCUGUCAACAGUUUGAAGCAGAAGGGAGUGGAAAUCUUUUCGUUGGGGAUUGGUAAAAAGUUUAGAAGACUGCAACUGCAACAAAUGGCGUCCAGUCCAUCGCACGUGUUCACGGCCGGCUUCAGGAGACUGAGUAGUGUACUUGCCGCCAUUAAGAACAAGGCGUGUCUACCUUUCGUUCCACCGACAAAGCGACCUACACCACCAGCUUGCAGCCUAGCCAUUGAUAUUGGUUUUCUCCUGGACGCCUCUGGUAGACGCGGUCUAUACAACUUCAGGCGAAUCAAACAGUUUGUCGCACUCAUUGCCCGAUCAUUCUCGAUCUCCCGAAGCCGAGCUCGUGUGGGAGUCAUCGUGUACGGAUCCACCGCUCGGAUGGAAUUCGGACUCAAUUCGUACACUAAUUCACGCAGCCUCAAUCGUGCUAUCAAGAGAUUACGUUAUACACGAGGGUCAAGAAAAACUGGAAAAGCAUUGCGGCUUGUAGUUGGAGAGCUGUUUAGACGCAGCCGAAAAAAGCGGGUGUUGAUAGUGGUAACAAAUGGUCAAUCCUACGACAGCGUUAAAAUACCAAGCUUUCAGAUACACCAAGCCGGAAUUGAAGCCUUUGCAGUUGGUGUUGGAACUCGAGUUAGGAACAGCGAGCUGAGUACAAUAGCCACAGACUCUCGCCACAUAUACAUGGUGAACUUCAAGACGCUUAAUGGCAUCGUCAAGAGCAUUGUCAGGAAAGCUUGCAGAGCACAAAUUACGACACGGCCAACAGUUCGACCAACCAAGCCGUCUCCGACCAGAAAACCAAGUUUUCCUACGCCCAUCGCCAUCUACACACUCGAUCGCAAGACUCGCGCACGCGACAUAAGCCCAGGGAAAAACCUUCCAGGUCGAAGCUACAACAUCCGGUACGCUCCUGGUCCUUAUGGACAGCCUGGCGAAUCAACAGAAUUCUUUGGUCGCCGUAACAGCUACAUCCGGUUUCCAAAUAACGGCAGACUGGACGCUAAGGACUCUAUAACUCUUCUAGCCUGGAUCCUACCGUUUGGUCGCGGUCCAAUCUUCGAGUACUUUCGAGGAGUAAGGUUUUGGGUUGUGCGCUCGGACACGUUAUACGUUCACUUCAUCCGCCGGAAUGGGCGGCGCACGAGGGUGUUGAUGAAACGACGCCUCAGACCACGCCGUUGGAAUUACGUCGGUGCCACGUACGAUAAACGAACUGGUAUGGCUACCCUGUGGCUGGAUUCAAGGCCGAUAUUGUCGCAGAAUAUCAAACGAAUUCAAUUGGCGACCAAAAAGACUGCUUACAUGGGUGGAACAUUCCGAGGUCGCAUCGCUUGUAUGCAGGUUUAUUCUGACCCUCUGACUGGACCUCAGAUUAAGAAGGUCAAGAACCUUUGUAAUAAACCAGGUCCUUACACGCCAACAACACCAUCUCCUGCAUUGCCUCCAGCUCUGGCUUUCUAUCCCUUAAACGUGCGUUACAACACCCGUGACGUCAGCAGGAGCAAAAACCCGUCAGGGCGCAUGGCAAAUGUGCGACCUGGCCUGGGUCCAGACGGAAGGCCUGGUGGCUCCUUUAGGUUCAAGGGUCGUGCAGACAGUUACAUACAGUUCCUGAAUAAAGGUCGUCUGGACGCCCGGAAUUCCAUCUCUAUCUUGGCUUGGAUAAAUCCGGAUGGACCAGUUGGUCCAAUCUUCAAUUACAAGCCUGACGGGUUUGGCGUGCACAUGUGGAUGGUCCGUCGGCGAGUGUUGCUGGUACGUUUCGUGACGCGUACACGAAAGUUUACAAAGCCAGUGCAAACGAACCUCAUUAAACCAAAGGCUUGGAAUUUCGUCACCGCUACCUAUGAUCAACGUUCGGGAAUUGCCCGAUUGUACAUCGAUUACAGGGAAGUUGCGUGGACGAGAAUCGGCCGGAUACGACUGGCUACGAACUAUCCAGCAAGAAUGGGAGCCCGUAUUGGAGACAAGCGUUAUUUCCGUGGACGAAUAACUUGCCUGCAGAUUUACGACGUCCCACUUCGACCGAUACAAAUCAAAGCCGCCAAGAGACUCUGCUUGAAGACAAAGGUUAUAACCAAACCAACAACGCGACCGACACCUACCAAGCCCACCCCACCAAGGCCUUGCCGAGCGAAUAUGGAUCUUGGAUUCCUUAUCGACAGCUCCUACAACUUGCGACGAGUAGGGCGCGGAGCUUUCAGACUUCUUACACGUUACAUUGCAAGACUUCUUUACACGCUUCGCAUUUCCACUCAAGAGACCCGAGUCGGCAUGGUUACGUACGCGUCAAGACCCAGGCUCCUGUUCCGCUUUAACCGGUUUUUCAGGGCGUCUUCCAUGUUGUCGGCCAUACGAAGAAUUCGCCUUCAAAGGGGUCCUCUUAGGAUAGGAAAAGCUCUGUACUACGCUCGUAGGUACCUGUUCAGAAGAAGGCGUCAAUGUGGACGCAAGCGCGUUCUCGUGGUGUUUGCAAGUGCACGCUCAGUAGACAGAGUGCAAAGAGUGGGACGCGUUUUAAGGCGCAUGGGAAUUGAAGUGUUCGUUGUUGGCUUUGGUAGACGAUUUAGCAAGGCGCAGUUAUUCAAAAUCGCUACAAAUGGGCUGCACGUGUUCACGGCGACGCCGAGGACGUUGGCUGCAGUUCUGGGCGCCAUACGAGCUAAAGCAUGUUCAGUAACCGGAUCAGCAGCCGCCAGAGCUAUAUUCCCAUUUAACGGUGUGACAAGAGGACGAGAUAUAAGCAUCAACCGCAACACUGCUGCAAGACUUGUCAACGUCAAGCCUGCACCAGGCCCAGACGGCCUUCCUCUUGGAUCGUACUAUCUCCAGGGCAUCGCAAACAGCUACAUAUACUUUCCCAACAAGGGCUGCCUAGAUACAAAGAAUUCCCUCACCAUAGUGGUGUGGGUCUACCCUGAGGGCAGCGGACCGAUCUUCCACUUCUUCCCUCGCGGCUGGGGGGUACAUCUUUGGAUGAAGAAUCCGCGCACCCUACUGGUGAAGUUCGUGCCUAGGUCCUUGCAGACCAUCAGCGUUGUUACAAGCCGGCGAAUCAAACCGAAGGCCUGGAACUACAUAGCGGCAACCUACGAUUACGUCACUGGUUUGGCCACUCUGUGGAAUGAUGCCAUACCUAUAUCUCAGAGGAAUAUUGGAAAGAUCCAACUGGCGACUAACUACCCAGCUAUAUCAGGGAAAAAGCCAAGAGAUCGAAAGAUUUUCCGUGGCCGGAUAGCAUGUCUUCAGAUUUACGAUCGAGCAUUGAAUGGGAGACAACUCGGAGCUCUGAAAAAGAAGUGUUUCAGAGCUCGACCCACGCCUACUCGUCCACCACCAGCUCUUCCACUUCUAGUCGCUGUUUAUCCACUGGACAGAAUUAAUGGCGGCCGUGACAUCAGCCCACGAAAAUGCCCGACCGCAAGGCGAGUUGGCGUGAGAAUCGCCCCAGGUCCAGACGGACGAAAAGACGGAUCCACCCAAUUCUAUGGCAACCGCAACAGCUACGUCGAAAUCCCGAACAACGGCAAACUUGACACCGUGGCCUCCAUUUCCAUUCUGACCUGGGUUUAUCACGAGGGCAUCAAAGGUCCUAUCGUCAACUACAGACCAGGUCCCGGAUGGGGCGUUCACUUGUGGAUGGUUGGACCACGCACGUUAUUUGCACGGUUCGUCCGCAGGGAUGGAGUGUUUACCAAAGCAGUGGUCGUCACGAGCAGAAAGAUACGGUACAGAGCCUGGAAUUACAUCGGUGCUACAUACGACUACAAGAGUGGUGUUGCCAAACUAUGGGUGAACUCGAGGUUGCUUGUGGUGAAGAGUAUUGGACGAUUCCGAUUGGCUACGAACUAUCCAAUCAGAAUUGGUGCGCGUCGUGGUGACAAACGGUACUUCAAGGGAAGGAUUUUCUGUGUGCAAAUCUACAGUCGUGCGCUAAACCGGAAACAAAUUUUGGCGGCUAGUAAAACGUGCUUCAGGCCGUUGCCUACAACUAAACCGAUCCCAACCACGACACCAAAACCGAUAACGAUACCUACAAGGCCGCGAGGUAAGAUUAAGAUCCAAGACCGACUAAUUAAUGCAAGGGAAGAACUGGUUGAACGGGUAACAGAAGUCCUCUUAACAAUUAAGGAGACUUCUGUAUCACCAAUAGGCUAUUUCCGAGCUACCUUGUGUUUCUGUUUCAAAACGAUUCUUCGUGCAAAACCUUUCAUGAUUUAUUGUUCUCUAUAUUUUCUUUCUGUAGCUUGCCGAGCGAAUAUGGAUCUUGGAUUCCUUAUCGACAGCUCCUACAACUUGCGACGAGUAGGGCGCGGAGCUUUCAGACUUCUUACACGUUACAUUGCAAGACUUCUUUACACGCUUCGCAUUUCCACUCAAGAGACCCGAGUCGGCAUGGUUACGUACGCGUCAAGACCCAGGCUCCUGUUCCGCUUUAACCGGUUUUUCAGGGCGUCUUCCAUGUUGUCGGCCAUACGAAGAAUUCGCCUUCAAAGGGGUCCUCUUAGGAUAGGAAAAGCUCUGUACUACGCUCGUAGGUACCUGUUCAGAAGAAGGCGUCAAUGUGGACGCAAGCGCGUUCUCGUGGUGUUUGCAAGUGCACGCUCAGUAGACAGAGUGCAAAGAGUGGGACGCGUUUUAAGGCGCAUGGGAAUUGAAGUGUUCGUUGUUGGCUUUGGUAGACGAUUUAGCAAGGCGCAGUUAUUCAAAAUCGCUACAAAUGGGCUGCACGUGUUCACGGCGACGCCGAGGACGUUGGCUGCAGUUCUGGGCGCCAUACGAGCUAAAGCAUGUUCAGUAACCGGAUCAGCAGCCGCCAGAGCUAUAUUCCCAUUUAACGGUGUGACAAGAGGACGAGAUAUAAGCAUCAACCGCAACACUGCUGCAAGACUUGUCAACGUCAAGCCUGCACCAGGCCCAGACGGCCUUCCUCUUGGAUCGUACUAUCUCCAGGGCAUCGCAAACAGCUACAUAUACUUUCCCAACAAGGGCUGCCUAGAUACAAAGAAUUCCCUCACCAUAGUGGUGUGGGUCUACCCUGAGGGCAGCGGACCGAUCUUCCACUUCUUCCCUCGCGGCUGGGGGGUACAUCUUUGGAUGAAGAAUCCGCGCACCCUACUGGUGAAGUUCGUGCCUAGGUCCUUGCAGACCAUCAGCGUUGUUACAAGCCGGCGAAUCAAACCGAAGGCCUGGAACUACAUAGCGGCAACCUACGAUUACGUCACUGGUUUGGCCACUCUGUGGAAUGAUGCCAUACCUAUAUCUCAGAGGAAUAUUGGAAAGAUCCAACUGGCGACUAACUACCCAGCUAUAUCAGGGAAAAAGCCAAGAGAUCGAAAGAUUUUCCGUGGCCGGAUAGCAUGUCUUCAGAUUUACGAUCGAGCAUUGAAUGGGAGACAACUCGGAGCUCUGAAAAAGAAGUGUUUCAGAGCUCGACCCACGCCUACUCGUCCACCACCAGCUCUUCCACUUCUAGUCGCUGUUUAUCCACUGGACAGAAUUAAUGGCGGCCGUGACAUCAGCCCACGAAAAUGCCCGACCGCAAGGCGAGUUGGCGUGAGAAUCGCCCCAGGUCCAGACGGACGAAAAGACGGAUCCACCCAAUUCUAUGGCAACCGCAACAGCUACGUCGAAAUCCCGAACAACGGCAAACUUGACACCGUGGCCUCCAUUUCCAUUCUGACCUGGGUUUAUCACGAGGACAUCAAAGGUCCUAUCGUCAACUACAGACCAGGUCCCGGAUGGGGCGUUCACUUGUGGAUGGUUGGACCACGCACGUUAUUUGCACGGUUCGUCCGCAGGGAUGGAGUGUUUACCAAAGCAGUGGUCGUCACGAGCAGAAAGAUACGGUACAGAGCCUGGAAUUACAUCGGUGCUACAUACGACUACAAGAGUGGUGUUGCCAAACUAUGGGUGAACUCGAGGUUGCUUGUGGUGAAGAGUAUUGGACGAUUCCGAUUGGCUACGAACUAUCCAAUCAGAAUUGGUGCGCGUCGUGGUGACAAACGGUACUUCAAGGGAAGGAUUUUCUGUGUGCAAAUCUACAGUCGUGCGCUAAACCGGAAACAAAUUUUGGCGGCUAGUAAAACGUGCUUCAGGCCGUUGCCUACAACUAAACCGAUCCCAACCACGACACCAAAACCGAUAACGAUACCUACAAGGCCGCGAGGUAAGAUUAAGAUCCAAGACCGACUAAUUAAUGCAAGGGAAGAACUGGUUGAACGGGUAACAGAAGUCCUCUUAACAAUUAAGGAGACUUCUGUAUCACCAAUAGGCUAUUUCCGAGCUACCUUGUGUUUCUGUUUCAAAACGAUUCUUCGUGCAAAACCUUUCAUGUGAAAAUUAGUUUGAUUUGCGGAAUCGGAACUGACGUAUUAAGGUUAUUCUCCAGUAUUGCAUUGCGCAUCCUUACUGCGCAUAAU